UGAAGGUAACAUGAAGGAAUAUGUGUUCCUACUGUUCUUGGCUUUGUGCUCUGCCAAACCCUUCUUUAGCCCUUCGCAUAUGGCAUUAAAGAACAUGAUGCUGAAGGAUAUGGAAGAUUUAGAUUCAGAUGAUGAUGACGACGACAAUGAUAAUUCUCUUUUUCCAACAAGAACUCCAACUUAUCCCUUUUUUCCAUUUGAUAUGUUUCCCACAUGUCCCUUCGGAUGUCAGUGCUACUCAAGAGUUGUUCACUGUUCUGAUCUAGGUUUGACCUCAGUCCCAAGUAAUAUUCCAUUUGACACUCGAAUGAUAGACCUUCAAAACAAUAAAAUCAAGGAAAUAAAAGAAAAUGAUUUUAAAGGACUCACUUCACUUUAUGGUCUGAUUCUAAACAACAACAAGCUAAUUAAGAUUCAUCCGAAAGCCUUUCUAACCACAAAGAAGCUCCGAAGGCUAUAUUUGUCUCAUAAUCAGCUAACUGAAAUACCACUUAAUCUUCCCAAGUCCUUAGCAGAACUCAGAAUUCAUGAUAAUAAAGUUAAGAAAAUACAAAAGGACACAUUCAAAGGAAUGAAUGCAUUACAUGUACUGGAAAUGAGUGCAAAUCCUCUUGAUAAUAACGGUAUAGAACCAGGAGCAUUUGAAGGAGUAACAGUAUUCCAUAUCAGAAUUGCAGAAGCAAAACUAACAUCAGUUCCUAAAGGACUACCAUCAACUUUACUGGAGCUUCAUUUAGAUGAUAAUAAAAUUGCAAAUGUGGAACUGGAAGAUUUUAAACGAUAUAAAGAUCUGCAAAGGUUGGGUCUAGGAAACAACAGAAUCACAGAUAUUGAAAAUGGAAGUUUUUCUAAUAUUCCACGCAUAAGAGAAAUCCAUUUGGAAAAGAAUAAACUUAAAAAAAUUCCUUCAGGAUUACAUGAGUUGAAAUAUCUCCAGAUAAUCUUCCUUCAUUCUAAUUCAAUUACAAAAGUGGGAGUGAAUGACUUCUGCCCAACAGUGCCAAAGAUGAAGAAAUCAUUAUACAGUGCAAUAAGCUUAUUCAACAACCCAAUGAAGUACUGGGAAGUACAACCAGCAACAUUCCGUUGUGUUUUGAACAGAAUGAGUGUUCAACUUGGGAACUUCAGAAAGUAAUAACUAGUAAUUAGUAAUGUUCAUUU